AUGUCUUCAUUUCCAGGAACCGGAAGCGCCGCUCGUCCGUUGAUCGUGCCGCGCCGGCCCAGAUCUUUCACACAAGUCAGCCAUCGGAUUUCUUUGAACGAAAGCGUAGUUCAAGAAAGUCCAAUCGAAGAACAACUUCCAUCCGACUCGUCCCCAGGGUCGGAACCUGAAACCGACAUUGCCUCGCAAGAAACACCAUCAACCCUGGAGACUAAACAACGCAAGGGUCUCCAAAAACUACACAUCGAGUACAGAAAACGGAUGAAUGAAGUCAAAGCCAUGCACUUUCGGCGUCGAAACGAAAGUCGACGGGCGUAUGACAACAAAAGGACGAUUGCCAUUGACGAUUUCAACAAGGCUGGGUGCUGGGGGAUCUUCCGAUUUUCUCCCCGGCGCAAACUUGACGCGAUUGACCGGGACCAAGACAAUGCCGAUAAUUACUUUGCCAAGUCUGAAAGAAUCGAGCGUAGAGCGGUCGAGAGAAGAUUUGAAGAUCGUGAGGAGCUUUACAUACACUGUUAUAGGAGAAUGUGGAAGAAGAUGUAUCCUUCGAUACCAUUCUGGUACGAUAGACCAAACCCAGAUGCACUAGACAUACCAGUCAUGACGUAUUAUCAGCCAAUUGAUUAG